CGACUUGCCAUUGCAGCAGGAGAGAAUUUAGGGCCAUUGUACUUUGUAGCGGUGGCUCCCCAUCAGUUGGGAAAAACUUCAAAUUGUAGGGAUCGUACUAGGACGGUCCAUGAUUUAGACUUUAGAAAAACAUGUCCACGCUCAUCGCGAUCCGAGACGCUGCCCUGACUGCCGGCGGGGAGUAUUCUCCGGCGAAGGAAAAAGCAGCUAACAGAGGCAUCUACAACGGCCGCUCUCCUCUUCUCCAUCGCCGCGUAAAGCAGUUGCUAGGUGGCUUAAAGUUCAAGCUUCUAUUUUGCCUCUCUUUGCUAUGCCUUGUCGUCUGGUUCAGCUCCAAAAUCGGUCCUUUCAUGGGAUGGGAUCCUGAUUUAUCUUCUUCUAUAUCCGUUCCUAACAGGGGCAGCUACACGGUGCUCAUAAAUACAUGGAAGCGAAAUUCUUUACUUAAGCAGUCUGUUGCUCACUACGCAUCGUGCAGUGGUACCGAUGCUAUACAUGUCAUAUGGAGUGAAAGUGACCCACCAUCAGACCAACUGAGAGCUCAUCUUAAGAACAUAGUGUUGAAAAAGUCACAGACAGCUCACAAGCCCAAUUUCAGGUUUGACCUGAAUGAGGAAGAUAAUCUGAACAAUAGAUUCAAACCAAUUUCUGAUCUCAGAACUGAUGCAAUUUUCUCAGUUGAUGAUGAUGUAAUUGUUCCAUGUCGUACUCUGGAUUUUUCAUUUACUGUGUGGCAAAGUGCUCCACAUACCAUGGUAGGCUUCGUUCCGCGCAUGCACUGGCUGGAUGAGGAGAAAAACGGCAUGGCACAUUAUAAAUAUGGUGGGUGGUGGUCAGUCUGGUGGAUGGGCACUUACAGUAUGGUCCUCACAAAAGCAGCUUUUUUUCAUCAGAAGUACCUAGAUUUGUACACAAACAAGAUGCCUUCAUCCAUUCAUGACUAUGUGAUGAGGGAGAGAAACUGCGAAGACAUAGCAAUGUCUCUGCUUGUAGCAAAUGCUACAGACACCCCACCAAUAUGGGUUAAAGGGAAAAUAUACGAGAUAGGUUCUUCAGGGAUUAGCAGUCUAAAUGGGCACAGUGACAAGAGGAACAAAUGCCUGAACGAUUUCGUCUCGCUGUAUGGAACAAUGCCUUUGGUGUCAACAAAUGUAAAGGCCGUGGAGGCAAGAAAUGAGUGGUUCUGGUAGUUUAGCUGAUUGAUCUACGGGCUAGAACUCCUUUUUCCUUGUAUAGGUACUUUGCCCCUCAAUCGCUCAUUUUGAAUCCUCCGUCGUGGAUGUAAUAUGGCCGAUAUGCACCUCUGCAGUUUUGUAACUCUUAGACAACCCCGGUUUGUCAAACACGGCAUGCAUGUGUGUUUACAAAAAACGUUGAUACGUUCCAUGUAAUGUAAUGCUCAUGUAACAGCUGCUCAAGAUUAUUGAUGAAUAAUGACUAAGUAGCCACCUGUUUGAUAAA